CUCCUUCUCUCUUACUCGGAGACAGUCAGAACUCUCCUCCCUGACAGCCACAAACCUACCGCACUGACUGCAUUCAGAGAGGGAACCUGCAAACAAAACUUCACAGAAAACUUUUUGUUCUUGUUCCAGAGAAUUUGCUGAAGAGAAGAAGGAGGAAAAAAAAGAAAGAAAAAAGAAAAGAGGAAGAAAGAAAGAAAGAAAGAAAGAAGGGGAGGAAAGAAAAACCCCAAACCUGUGCGUGAGUGGGGGUAGGAAAAGCAGGGCCUUUUAAAAAGGCAAUCACAACAACUUUUGCUGCCAGGAUGCCCUUGCUUUGGCUGAGAGGAUUUCUGUUGGCGAGUUGCUGGAUUAUAGUGAGGAGUUCCCCCACCCCGGGAUCCGAGGGGCCCGGCGCAGCCCCCGACUGCCCGUCCUGCGCGCUGGCCACCCUGCCAAAGGAUGUACCCAACUCUCAGCCGGAGAUGGUGGAGGCCGUCAAGAAGCACAUUUUAAACAUGCUGCACUUGAAGAAGAGACCCGAAGUCACCCAGCCGGUGCCCAAGGCGGCGCUUCUGAACGCGAUCAGGAAGCUCCAUGUGGGCAAAGUGGGGGAGAACGGGUACGUGGAGAUAGAGGAUGGUGCGGUGCCGGGCGCCGGUGGCGCCGGGGCCGGAGGGGAGGCGGGGGUGGCGGGCGGGGGCGGGCGGGGGGAGGACUUCUCCGCGGACGCGGAAUUCGAGGCUGAGCCCUGGCCGGAGACGGCGAGCUCACACUUGCUGAACUCCGCCGCUCAGCCCGGAGCGGGCUCCGAGGGCCAGUGUGGGGCCGGGAGCCUGGCUGCGGGAGGCUCCCUCGCCCAGCUUGUGAAACCAGAUCCGAGCAGCCGGAUGAAAGCCAUGGCGUUUUCGGCAUCACAACUAACAGCCUGUCCCCGCUCUCUCUUAUGCUGUGUUUCGUCUGCAGGCACAGCCAGGAAAACGCUGCACUUUGAGAUUUCCAAAGAAGGCAGUGACCUGUCGGUGGUGGAGCGUGCAGAAGUCUGGCUCUUCCUCAAAGUCCCCAAGGCCAACAGGACCAGGACCAAAGUCACCAUACAGCUCUUGCAGAAGCAACCCCAGGGCGGCGUGGACGCAGGGGAGGAGGCGGAGGAAGUGGGCUUAAUGGAGGAGAGGAACGAAGUAUUGAUAUCGGAAAAGGUGGUCGACGCGCGGAAGAGCACCUGGCACAUCUUCCCGGUCUCCAGCAGCAUUCAGCGGUUGCUGGACCAGGGAAAGAGCUCCCUGGACGUUCGGAUUGCCUGUGAGCAGUGCCACGAGACGGGCGCCAGCCUGGUGCUCCUGGGCAAGAAGAAGAAGAAGGAAGACGAGGGGGAAGGGAAGAGGAAGGACGGAGGAGAUGGAGGGGCAGGGGCAGAUGAGGACAAGGAGCAGUCCCACAGACCUUUCCUCAUGCUGCAGGCCCGCCAGUCUGAAGACCACCCUCAUCGGCGGCGGAGGCGGGGCUUGGAGUGUGACGGCAAGGUCAACAUCUGUUGUAAGAAACAGUUCUUUGUUAGUUUCAAGGACAUUGGCUGGAAUGACUGGAUCAUCGCUCCCUCCGGCUAUCACGCCAACUACUGCGAGGGUGAGUGCCCGAGCCACAUAGCAGGCACCUCCGGGUCCUCGCUUUCCUUUCACUCGACCGUCAUCAACCACUACCGCAUGCGGGGCCACAGCCCCUUCGCCAACCUCAAGUCGUGCUGUGUGCCCACCAAGCUGAGACCCAUGUCCAUGCUGUACUAUGAUGAUGGGCAGAACAUCAUCAAAAAGGACAUUCAGAACAUGAUAGUGGAGGAGUGUGGGUGCUCAUAGAGCGCCCAGCCCAGGGGGGACGGGAGCCAGAGUUGUCCAGAGAAGACUGGCAACGUGAAGAAAUGUUUAAGGUUUCGGUGUUAAACAAGCAGAAAAAAAUAUAUAGAAAUUAAAAAAAAACUAAAAACAAAAUCUGAAACAGAUGAAGGAAGAUGUGGAAAAAUUCCUUAGCCAGGGCUCAGAGAUGAAGCAACGAACAAGAUGAGAAUUGGGAGGGAAAGGGAGAAAGGCGUGCCCUUCAUUUCUUCUGAUAUCUAUCAAAGUGAUGACAUCCGUUGCUUGCACGGGAGUAUCAUCCCCUCCUUUUCAGUCCCCCUUCAGUGUGAGCCUCGAAGUCAACUUGUCUGGUCUGCAGCGAUGCCGGCUAGCACAACCCAAAUAGCAUCUAGAAAGCCAUGAGUUUGAAAGAGCCAGAUACAGGCACUUACCCAUCCAGUUACCCAGGUUGUAAGGUAUGUCUGUGUGACCCUCUCUCUGUGUAUAUCAGCCCGUGCACACAUGCACACAGACACACACACCACAGACACACACACACACACACACACACACACACAUACACACACACACACACACACACACAGACGCAUUUCCACACGGCCCGUGCACACACACGUACUGGUAAGAGAACGAUAGUGUGCAGGUGGUACACUUCCUUUUCUGCACCAGUUUUGCAACAAAGCAAAACAAAACAAAACCAACCUAAAAAAAAAAUUGAGAACAUGAAUGGGAAGAGAGAAAAAUCAAGGAACAAAGAAUACCAAGUUACAUUUCGUUAAGGUGCUUAUGAUCUUAGAACUAUGCAACCUAAUAGGUUUGAAACUGUUUACCUGAGAGAGAACAAAAAGAGAGACUUUUUUGUAUUGGAAGUAACCUGAUUAAUUUUUAUUUUCUUCAAGGAGAGAUACUUGAAAGGAAUAUGUUUGUCCAUCUGUUGGAUCCAAACAUUUCUAUAUUUUGUAAAUGUUGUUUUUUUUUUAUCGUUUACUAUUUGCACUACAAUGGUGUUUGACCUGUCUAAUCCCUUAUUUAACAAGUAUUUUCUGUGGGUGGGGGUGGGGGGGUUCAGAGCUGCACUUAAUGUGAGCUAUAAAAGAACUGCUACAGCACACAAAAUAGCUAUUUUUAUUAUUAUAAUUAUAAUUAUUAUGAUUAUUUUGUACCUUAAAAAAUAGACACAUACACCAAAGACAUUUGUGUGAGCCUUUAAACAGUCUGUCUGUGGUUGGUAUCAUUCACCAUCAGUGAGUCAGGGGUUGGGAUUCAAGGUGGAGUAGGGUGGAUUGUGUUCAGGCUUCAAAGACCUGAGAAGUUUGGGUUUUGACUCCCUUGACAUCCAUGAAACAGGACAUUUCAUACUGGAUGUACAGUAGUUGUACACUGUCGGAGAUCAAGUUCAAUCGGAUUCAUGGAACACUACAUGCUUGUAUGUGUAUAUAUACAUUGCUUGUACAUAUGCGUACCUGUGUGUAUAUAUACAUGUAUUGCAUCAUUCCACAUACACAUUUUAAGGACUUCAGGCUGUCAUUUUUUUAAUGUUCUUAAAGCAAUGAAUGUUUGUGUGCAAAACACAGUAUUUUUAAGAAGGAUAGGCUAUAGUUUUUGCUUUUACUCUGAACUAGGUGGGCACAUUUCAAAAAUUUGGAUGGGAAGAAGCCUGGAAAUGCCAGUGAAUAUUCUGCAAGACCCUCUUUCAAUGUGCAGGGACUCAGUUCCCUCCUCUUUCUUGUCCCCCACCUCCAUCCCACCAGGGAAAACAGGAAACUCAUGUUCUUCAAGGUUCUAGACUGAUCUGAAUUUUUGUUGUUGUUGGUAACUUAUAUUUAUUAUAUCUAUUGGAAUCAAUCUUAAAUCAGAAAAUUUUUUCAGAAAGCAAAAAUUAAUCUUUAGACCUUUGGGUAAUUUUUUUUUUUUUUUUUUGAUGAUUAAGGCCUGCUUGUGAGAAAUUUUACUUGCUGGGUAAAUAAAGUUGUUGUCACUAGUUAAAAGCUAAAUAACUUGAGGGAAGGUCUUAAGAGUUUGAGAGUAAAAAAAGAGAACUACAGAGGUGGUAGCAAUGGUAAAAAUCCCUAAUAUUUUAUUUAAUUUACAGCCAAAACUCUUCAUACAUAAGUUUGUAUGUAUUGACUCAGAUGCAAAAAAGAAAAAAAAACAUUGUGUUUUAUAAAUAU